UGCUCCUCCUGCCUGUGGGGAACACCCCUCCGGUGAGAGGCGCAGUGUCCGAGCCGCUGUCAUCCUCCUGCUCUGGAGGAGCAGAAGUUGUCGGAGGGAUGUGAGUGCGAUGAUGCAGCUGAAGAGCGGGGAUGCAGCGUACUACCACAGCGCAGAAUACUGCAGGAAUUACACCUCACCGCCCACCGUCAGCUACGGCCACUGCAGCCAUUAUCUGCCCCGGCUCCCAGGGCCUGAGAACAUGUUGAAGCCUCCCCUGAGUCUCUUCAGCCACCCCCAGCAGCCUUUCCACCACAUGGACGCCCUGCACCAGCUGGGGCCUCCACCAAUGGCACCUACGCAGCCACUCGGCCCACCACCCAUGGCCCCGGCUCAGGCAAUUGGACCCCCAACUAUGGCUCUCUCCCAGACUCUAGGGCCCCCUCCCAUAAGUGCUACUCACCCAUUAAGGCCUCCCCACCUUACCCCACCACACAGCUUAGGCCCCCCUCCAAUGGUGCCAGCUCAGCCUUUGGGACCUCCACCCUUGCCACACACCAUGGGGCCCCCACAUGUAGAUCACACACAAGCGAUAGUGCCUCCAACCAUGGACCUCACACAGCCAUUAGGGCCUCCACCUUUGAACCAUGCACAGGCGCUGGUGCCACCACCUGUAGUGGCACCCGGAGCUGGCAGAUUCUCCCUCCCUCCCAGCCCUCUGUUGUCCCCUCCUGCUCCGGGCCCAGAUCCCUCACAGCUGCCCCCACGGCCCCCAGGUCCAACCCUCAUCCCAUCCGGCCUCAUCCCCUGUCAUCUCCCUGGUCAGGCAGCCCCAGCCGGUGAGCAGCCCCAGGACGAGGGCUCUCCGCUGGGGAUGGAGGAGCAGGAGGACAUGGGGCUGGAGGAACUGUGCAAACCGCUGUACUGUAAACUCUGCAAUGUUACACUGAACUCCGCCCAGCAGGCACAGGCUCACUACCAGGGGAAGAACCACAGUAAAAAGUUGAGGAAUUUCUACGCUGGCAGUCAACAGCCACCAGCGAUUAGGAUCCCAGAAGUCCUUGAUGCAGCGGGCCAGACAGCCCUCAACUCAGGAUCCACAGACAGUGACACAGGCCGACAGGCGCUGUACAAGGGGGCGACUCGGGUCAUCUUGGCCACAGAGAACGACUACUGUAAGCUGUGUGACGCCUCUUUCAGCUCACCGGCGGUUGCACAGGCUCACUACCAGGGCAAGAACCACGCCAAGAAACUAAGGCUCGCAGAGGCCCAGCAGAAUUCCAAUAACAUGGAAGGCAGCAAUGAGGCGGCCGCAAGAAGAAACAGGAAAGAUGGCAGCGAAUACAAACUGGUGAAAAACCGCCGCAGCCCACAGCUACCGGCCGCCAUGCCAGGGCCGUACUACAACCCCAGGCCGAGGCAGCGCAUCCCCAGGGACUUGGCCAUGUGUGUGACUCCCAGCGGACAGUUCUACUGCUCCAUGUGCAACUGUGGUGCCGAGCAGGAGACGGACUUCAGGCAGCAUCUGGAGAGCAAGCAGCACAAGGCUAAAGUGUCAGAGUUAAGAUACCGCCACGAGAUGGAGAACCUCGGCUACAGCUAAGGGACACGCGAUGAGAGGGGGGUAAGAGAAGGGACAGAACGGGUGCAGGUGGCAAACACUGACCUGUGUUUAAGGGGUAAUACUUAGUGAAGGGACCAGCCCAAAUAGCCUCAAGAGCUUGUUGUAGUUCAUUUGAUUUAUGGAUCAGACACUUGACCUAAUGCUCAAACACACGAAGCUAUAAUUGGCUUUGGAAAUUUUUAAUAUCAGCCUUUAGAAACAAACCAGGCUGCAGGAAAAUGGUGAAAAGUGCAGCUUUCACCUGUUACGACCCUGAGGUCGUGUUCUUUGGUGAACGUGCUGUUAUCUACUGAAAAAAGUAAAAAUAUAUAUCAAGGCACUGACUACAACCUUUAGUGAGACUGUUUCUGGUCAAGUUUCAUCCAAGAUCUUGAGUGGGUUGCUUUCUGAGAGGAUACGGGGAAAUGCAAAUGAACUGCAAGUAAAUCUUGAGCUUGUUGUGGCUGCAGGGAGCCGACGAGUGGAGCACACGGACCUCCCAGGGCGAGAGGAGAGGACAAGGACAGACAGAGAGAAAGAGAGAGAGAACGCAAACUGUGGAAAACAGAGAAAUUGUUGUUGAAAGUAAAAAGAAGGAGACGAGCGCAGCGGCGAACAAGGGAAUGAAUGAGCCCUGCAGGUGUUUCUAUAGCAGGGACCACUCAGUGACCGCAGGUCACGAAAGAGAAAACCCAACAUUUUAUAACCUGAUGCAGGCAAUAAAAUCCAAAGUACUAUUUAAAACUAAAACAAAAGCACAAUGAACAUCACCUGGAAGAAACGGUGUUACACAAAUCUGUUCGCCUUCGCCAACCUUUUACUUACCGGCCCUUUGGUGUGUUUCAGGCUAACGGCUGAGCCCUGCUUAGCUUCGUAUGUGCCUUUAGUGGGAAUAAGGCUAAAGAAUUAACCUUGGCGAGCCAUUCAGCAAAUACAGUAGAAGCCAAUCCACAGUGUCGAUUGGGAUUUUCUAUAUUCUCUGUCAUCUUUCUUCUCGUUACACAAAUCUCAUGUAAAUAUCCUCAAAUUUAAUGAGUUGAAAUAUAGAAUAAGUGAGUACAAUAGAUUCUUUGUUUAAUGUUAGCCUGGUGUAUAUUGUAAAUACUCAUAAUCUAUUUAUUAAUUAUCAGGAAUCUUGUACAAAGUGUGCACUGAUUGAAUGUCUGCCCUGUGUGUGUGUGUGCGUGUGUGCGUGUGUGCUGUGUGUGUGUGUGUGUGUGUGUGUGUGUGUGUGUGUGUGUGUGUGUGUGUGUGUGUGUGUGUGUAUUUUACUGCAGGCCUGCAUUACCACUUGGAUGGGGCCUUUGUUGAAAACGUAACUCUGGUACCAUUCGUCUGUAGUGAAAAGCUGCUGGAGUCGAAGUUAUUUCUGAAGCUGACACUAAAAAAACCUAAGUUGAGUCUUUGGCAUCGUGAUGAACCUGCAAACACUUUGAAAACUACAUUGUUGUCUUUAACUCCAAACUUCUAAUUAGUUUGCAACUUAAAUGAACGGUGCUGCUUGAAGAGAGCCGGUGAGUGUUUCUGGUUGUACGACAUAUCAAGUUAAUCGUCCUGAUCAAUCUCGACUCCCAGAGGGGACGUUACUGAGGUUUUACUGAAGUGUGAAACGGCUGCAGAGGAGCAACACGUCUGCGUCUUCAGACAAAUGCUUUUGUUUUCUUUUACCCUCGACGACCUGCUCAGCUUGUUCUGCAAUAUUUAACCAAUCCUGAGAAGAUCUUAUUUUUUAGUCAAACAUUUAAUGAGUAAACGUGAGUAAAGUGCCUUUAACUCAACGGCAUUCAAAGAUAACAGUGACAAGGUCAAACAAAUCUAAAUUUAUCUAGUGUAUUAAUAAUCUGAUUAUUAUCUACUGUAGCUACAAAAUAAUAAUAAUAAUAAAGCUUGAUUUAUCAACCAAAGCCCCUUUUGAGAGUUAGGAAAUGAGACUGAAAAUAAAACAAAUUAAACUAAAUUUGGUUUUCCAACUUUUCCAGCAUUACAGCAGUGCGUGCACACGUUUGUACAUGUACACACACACACACUCCCACUUAAUUCAAUCAGUCAGGCCUGAUAGCGUCGCAUAUCCAGAUGUGUUACAAGCAGCGUCCAGUGUUUGUGUGCGGUUGGUUGAGUUCACUGAGGCGAGAGGCAGCUGUUUACAUCUCACAUGUGUCUCCAGAGCACAAACACACACCUGAUCACACACACGAGGACACUCAGGAGAAUCGUACUGUGACAGCGGACUGCCGCGUUCAGGGAUUUAAACAUGUGAGGAAAAAGAAGAGGAUGGGGAGUCAGAGAGGCAGAGGCAAACAAAGCAAAGAAAACAAAACCAUUGGCUGCUUCAUUAGCCCACCGUGUUCACACAGAGCAGAACAAAGAGGAGCUGGAGAAAGCAGAGCUGUAACCAAAGCUGUGGGCGAGGCCCAGUCGACGAGAUCUUCCCAUUAGACGGAGCUGCGGUCUCUCCUCCUCCUCCUCGGAGAAAUAACACGCUUUGUCUUAUAUGAAAGUGCUGGUAGCAUCAGCCUUCAUUGUGCUGACAGGCUUCUUAAUGCAGACACCUUCAGCUAGUGCAUCAAAUAAUGCGCUUCACAGGAGAUGAGGAGAAAUGAACAGGCUCCUACAGACUUUGCUUAAAGACUCUUUAAGAUACUGGAGACAGCAUCGGGAAACCAUUUGGGCUUCUGCUCCCAUUGCUGCCCAAUUAAAAAGUGGAAAUCAUCAACUGGAGACCCCUCGUUGCAGAUUAGUUUGGACCUGAUUUAUGAGCAGCUCAACCAAAGAUUGAUUUUUCACAUUCAUUUUAACAAGGCUGGACAAGCUGUGCAGCUGCCACCGGGCCCCCAGGCGCCAUUCAAAUUCACCCAGUAUCUUAGUAUUUUCAUUUCAAAGAAGAGAAAAGUCAUAAAACAUAAAUGUGAUUUUUUUUGGGUGUUGCAGGAAUAUUGUUUUCUUUCUAAAUCAUCUUGAGAGUCCUCAGAUUUAUCUUUUCUACCUUGAGGCCACUGCUCCAAACCAUGAGGCAUCAACAAGAUCAUAGUGAUUCUAGAUUGGUUUCAUUUUGGGAAACACGUAAAAGAUCUGUGCUCCUCCAUCACAGUCAAAACAGUAAAAACACUGAAGAGCCCACAACACUGCAUUUUUUAUAGUAUUCAUGAUUUUUAACCUUUGACCCAAAGCCUCCUGGAUCGUUUGAAAGAGUUUCAAAGGGGAACAACUAAAAAACUAUCAAUCUAAUGUCAUUAAUAAUAAUAAUAAAACACGAUUAUUGACUCGACUCAAGAAAAUCUUGAACCCAACAGGCUUUAAUGGAAAGAAAAUGAAAGAGUCAGAAAUAUAAUGGCAAACACAUCUUAUAGUAAUAGAGUAAAACAUGUCUAAUCUCUGGUAAAACGUAAAAUGUCUACACAACUAAUUCAAUAUUGUUGCAGUGAUUAAACCUUAAACGUCUGAAUAUAUAAUAUAUGAUAAUGGUUUAACAAAUGUUUUAAGGCAUUAAAAACCACUGUGGUGAAUAAAGGUAUUUAUAAGAUGAAAAGGUCAGUACCUGGUUCACAGUUGUUUUAUUUUCAAUCAGGAUUUUUAUUAAUAACACUCUAGAUCACAUUAAUGCUUAUAAACGCUCUGUUUAGCUGUUGUUUGGUCCGGUGACGUCUUUAAACCACUUCGGAUUAUUUUGUCUUUACCCGUUAGAGACUGUGAUGGUCUAUAACUAGAAUAUAUAGAUAAUAAUUGAUUUCUCUGUUUUUAACUAACGCUGUAAUUUGAACUCUGAUAAUGUCUCGGCACCACAAGUUAAUGAGUUUGUGCUUUGCUGUAAAUCACAGAGAUGUAUUAUUACACAUUUUUCACAUAUAAUUCCGAUGUUUCUACUGCUGAGAGAGAAUGAAGAUGUGAGGUGAGGGGUCGUUUGGAAAUGUCUGCGCUGAAUCCACAAAAAGGGCAUUGGUCCGAAUCACGAGUUUGCACUGAAUAUAAAAAGACACUGUUGUUAUAAAGAGAUUAUAAUUGUUUAUUUCAAGUGAACGCUUUGCUACCAUUGUUAUCAUUUGCCUCUUCGAUGAGUUUUAUCCCAAUGUUUACAAGGUGAGGGGUCGGAGCUGUUAAUGGACGUGUAUCAUAUUUGUAAAUGUGUGUUUCUCCGUGUGCUGCACCGCUGGACUGAUCAGAUCAGACCGGGGGGAGAUGGGCGACACUGUGAGGCCAAGUAGGAGAAAACGACACUGUAACCUGUGAGAUGUAGCACAAACGAAUAUGAAAAAUAAUAAUAUACAUACUCUGCAAGGAAAUUAGACACAACUGAUCAGAGUUUGACAAAUAACGAAGAGACGAUGGACCUUGUAAAGUUAUUAGAGGACACGGUUUUAAUGUCGUCAUGUGGCUCUGUAGCUUUAUGAGAAUUGGUCCCCAAAAUGUCAAACAUAGAUCCUGAAAUGAUCUUCUCUUGCCUGCAUGUAUCAUCAUGUGCACGGCGGCUACAUUGGUUUCGAAUGGCGUCACUCUUUUCAGAAUAUAUGGAAUGGCGAAUGCUUGCCUUACGUAAAAGCCCUUGUAUCCUUGUGUGCAGGCCACAGAUUGUAAAUAAAGAUGGACGGCGCGUCUCCACUUUGUCCCGUUUUAUAAAAAUGUAGCUCAAAUAUCCCAGAUGCAGCAUUUUGGACGACAUUUUGCAGUAGUGAUCAUGGAGUGGGACCAAGGUGUUGAGGUCACGCCAAUGUCGAGUCAAUCAUGAUGUCUGGUCUGGGUUUUGAAGCAUCGAUCGACGAAUUAACACCAAACUAUCUGGAAAAAUCUACAUUUGAACAAACGAUAAUCAUAAUUAUUUGUUUGGUCCAUGUCCAGUGCACUUACAUGGAGGAGACAGCGUUUAUGACCUAUUCUGUAGCCAGCCACCAGUGGGCGAUCAAGAUGUUCUGGCUUCACUUUUUCGGGGAGCCGUCGUGUCGUCCAUCUUUAAUUACAGUCAGAAUUCAGGACCCCACACCACUGUCAGGGGCCCCAGAUAUCUUCACAGUGCCCCCUGCAGGACAGUGUUCACUCCCUGUGAAAACCUCAGCACACUUCCUGUGCCUCUGAACAAAGUUGCCAAUACACUGACUGAUUGGAAACCUGGAUGACUGACGCACUGAUUUCUGUAUCUUUGUGUGUGUGUGUGUGUGUGUGUGUUUUCUGAUGAAUAAACGUGCAGAUGAUCCAAACGA